AUGACAGCGCUUCAGAAACAGGUGCCUGCGGGCCAAUUGAGGAAGAGUGAGGAUCGGGUGAAGGCUCCCCUACAUUAUCCAUUCUGGUUUGGCGGGAGCGCGAGUUGUCUCGCGGCAUGUUUUACGCAUCCCUUGGAUCUGGCAGCUCCUCCAGUGAAGGUCCGGCUACAAACACAACCGCAUGGCGCAAAACGCAACAUGCUCCAAAUGUUCGUCCACGUCGCCAGAGACGACGGAAUCAGGGGUCUAUACCGCGGUCUCUCCGCCGCCCAACUCCGCCAACUAACAUACAGCAUGACGCGCUUCGGCGUCUACGAAGAGCUGAAAGACAGGCUCACGACGCCAAAUUCUCGACCUUCCUUCCCCACCCUCGUAGCCAUGGCCUCUAUAUCCGGCUUCGUCGGCGGCAUCGCAGGAAACCCCGCAGACAUCGUAAACGUCCGCAUGCAACACGACGCCGCGCUUGCCCCCGAAAAGCGACGAAACUACAAAAACGCGAUUGACGGGCUAAUACGCAUGUCCCGCGAAGAGGGCGUCGCAUCCCUCUGGCGCGGCGUCUGGCCCAAUGCCUCGCGCGCCGUGCUCAUGACGGUCGGCCAACUGGCUUCCUACGACGGGUUCAAGCGCGCGCUGCUCCAACACACGUCCCUCCAAGACAAUAUCAUCACGCAUUUCACCGCCUCGAUUCUCGCCGGCUUCGUCGCAACGACCAUCUGCUCCCCCGUCGACGUAAUCAAGACGCGUGUGAUGAGCGCUGCAGAUCCAAAGGGCAUUGUACAUCUCGUGACGGACAUCUUCAGGCACGAGGGCGUCAGCUGGAUGUUCAAGGGUUGGGUGCCGAGUUUCAUUCGGGUGGGGCCGCAAACGAUUCUCACGUUCAUCUUCCUGGAGGAGCAGAAGAAGAUAUACCGCAAGAUGAAGAGCCUUGAAUAG